GACAGUAGUAAUAAGUGGAAAUAGGUAAAUAAGUGACUUCAGUGUGCGAGUGUUUUGUGGUUGGGGACACAUUUCCUCCAAACGCUGCAGAAAAUGUGCAACAGCACUUAACCUCAACCCGGACGGACAGCUCGCUGCUAUAAAUGAAGAUGUAUCAGCAGUGGAUCAAAAGUUGGCAAAAGCGUCCAGCUGGAAGGCACCAAUCGAAACUGUCACCAAGGGAAACGCGCAACUGCAUCGGGAAAGUGCUGUGUUUAGUGAGUGAGGCCUAAGGGCCUAAGGGUCUAAGGGCAGCCUUGUCAAUUCCACACCAACCGGCACGAAAUGAGCAUCUAUGUGGCGCUAAGGGCAUGGAGAAUGCCGAAACGAACAUUUCCCACUGCGAUAGGACUCUAGUGAAGAGUGAGUGAGUGAGUGAAUGUUGUUGAAAGUGUUGAAAUAGCGGUGUGAAGUGUAUUCCCAAAUUUCGAGAUAAAAAGAAAACUUUAUCGUGGGGCUUUGCGUUUGCGAUUUUGAAAUGUGGCCAAAUUCUAGUGCUAGUCCUCUCGGCUGUAAUUCACGACCAAGCAGCGGUGAAGCAGCGAAACGUGAUUAUCAUGGCGUACGACGAAGGAAAUGGUGACCUCCCACGAGUCGCACUGGACUUCCCAAACGUGUGUACGUGACAGUUGCCAAGUCAGCCAGCCAGCAGCACAGGCGGAAGUUUGCGCAGACGACCUUCCCGCGCCCCUCCGGAAGUAUGGUCGCGUGUAUGCAGCGACACACAGCAGUGCAGUGCAGUUCCGGUGCAAAGGUGCAAAAGUUCGUAACAUGGUAACAUGAAAGACGUGUGCAAAGCGAAGUAGAUUUAACGACAAAAACAAACGAAAACAAACAAACAAAAGAAAAGGCAACCGAAACAUUAGUGAAUUUUAACAAAAAAAAAAAGGAAACAAACGAAUGCAAAAAAGUGAACCAAAAGUUGAAAGUGAGGAGAGAAAAAAAAGUGCAAAAAAGCAAGUAAAACUUUACAAGUUUGUUGCAUUGAAAGUGCAUUACACAGUGAGUGAAAAACUGACCAACGAUCGCAUCGAAGAAAGCAUAACGAAUGUAGCGAAGUAACGAACGCGUUAGAAGAAAAAAGUAACAACAAAACAAAAGUGGCGUAAAAAAGUCAUCGUGCACGUACCCUAAAACAAGCAAGUUUUCAGUUCCAUCCCUCAAAACAAAAAAGAAGCGAAAAAGCGCCUCACCGCAAAACUUCUUCACCUCGCACAGCAUUAAUCAAGCAACGCCACCGCCUAGCAACUUCUGGAAAGCAAGGAAGUGGCUAGCGAGUACGUGAAUUUUCCACACAUCUUCACAUUUCUGCAAUAACUUUUUCGGACCUAGCUGUGCUUGAGGUUAUCAAAAUUUUUCUCGCCCUUUACCCCCCAUUUAAAUCAUCACCCUUCAUCCCCACACACACACCAACGCGCGGUUGUUGUGGUUGUAGUACACGAUCUCCAUUCCGAACGCCGUCCGUGUGUGUGACGACGACGACGACGACCCCAACACGCAUCAAAAAAGGUGUAGCUGUGUGUAUGUGUGCAGACACACGAUCGUGAUGAGCGUGAACUUUGGUGAGCAGGCGGUUCGUUUUUUGUUGUCCACGAAACGGUGCUGGCAGUGAUUCCGGCGACAUAAGGCGAUUUUCCAGGACAACGCUAGAAGCAGACGACAGCGAACGCAAACGUUCCCCUGCCUGCAAUUGCGCAGCAUACACACCGUACAACACCGAUAUACAUCGACCUCCCCCCGCCCCCGCUAGGGCUCGACUCCAUCACCAUGGGUAGCAGCGAAGGGCAAACGUACUGUCUGCGAUGGAACAACCACAAAUCGAACCUGGUCGAGAUACUCGACGCGCUGAUCAAGAUGGAGUGCUACGUCGACUGCACGAUCUACGUCGACGACCAGGUCCAGUUCAAGGCGCACCGGGUCGUGCUGGCCGCCAACUCGCCCUACUUCCAGUCGAUCCUGCAGGACGUGCCGAUGGACCACUGCAGCAUCCUGUUCCCGGGCGUGCAGGAGUUCGAGAUGCGCGCACUGCUCGAGUACAUGUACACCGGCGAGGUGAACGUCACCCAAGCACAGAUCCCGCGCAUCAUGAAGAUUGCGGAGCAGCUCGAGGUGAAGGGCCUGUACGAUAUGGCGGACCUGAAGGGGCGCUUCAGCAAAAUGGUCGAUGUGGAUCAGCUGAUGCGCGACCGUGACCCGGCCACCACACUGCACGCGAGCAGUAGUAGCAGCAGCAACAACAACUACACCGUCAAGGGUUCGUCGUCUACUGCAACCGGUGCGGCAGCCAGUGCUGCUGCUGCAGCAACCGCCACAUCCUCCUCCUGGCGCGAUGUACCGCCCACCAGCAGCAGUGGCAGCCAUUACCCCCACUACCAGCACCAGUCGUCGCCGGUCAUUUCCACCUCCACGAACGUGUCACUCGCUCAAAGCAGCAGCUCCUCGCCACCGUACUCGUACAAGUCGCCCUACUCUAGCCUGUACUCCCGCAGCCCCGGCGCGGUGGAGCGCGAUCGCGAGCGGGAAGAGCGUAGCCGCGACCGUUCCGCAUCCUUCUCGCACCCGCCAGCCACGACCUCACCGCCGCCCCAUCGCAUCCAGUCCACGUCCGCCGGCUCGUCCGCCUCCUCCGUAUCGGCACAGAUCGCACUGCAAUCGCAGACCGCCAGCAGCAACCACCAGUCGUCCUCGGCAUCCCACCAGUCCGGCAGUUCCGCCGGCGCCUCCUCAGUCUCCGCGCAACCAUCGACCGUGGCGGCGGCUGCCGCCCUGGCCGCCGGUUGGCCCUCCCUCGGCCAGACGCAGCUGCACAGUAUGCUCAGCUCGGCGUACGACUCCAGCACCGACAUGAACCCGCUCAAGCGCAAGAAGCUCCAGUCGAUGUCGAGCAUGCUGCGCGACACACCGAUCCUGCGCAACGUGCUCGCGCAGUCCAACCCGGCCGACUCGUCGCAGGCGGGCGGUGUGCCUGGGGCUGGGACAGCGCAGGCAACCGUCGCCACGAUACAGUCCCAGUACCAGGCCGGCAUGAAGUCGGAUCCGGACCAGCCGAGCAGUCAUCACUCCAACGGCAGUGGUUAUAAGUUAAUCAAGGACCAACCCCACUCACCGUACGCGGACAAAUCGUUCGAUGACGAUCUGCUCGACUCGCCGCACAACUUUAGCGGCGACGCGCGGCUAGCAUCGUACGUGCCGCACCAGCAGCAGAAGCCGGAGUGGAAGCGCUACAAGCAGUACACGCGCACCGACAUCCUGAACGCGAUCGAGUGUGUGCGCAAGGGCAUGAGUGCGCUGCAGGCGUCGCGCAAGUUCGGCGUGCCGUCCCGCACCCUGUACGACAAGGUGAAGAAGCUGGGCAUUACGACGGGCCGGCCGAUCAACCGGGCGCUCAAGCGGUCGCCCAGCUCGGGCGGCAGUCCGGCCUCCUUCCCGUACGGGCUGAGCGGUGCGAGCCACAUGUUCGGCGGGCCGGGCAGCGGUACGCCCGGCGGGCCCGGUGGCCAUCCGGGCGGCGACCACCACCAGCAGCUCCCGUCCCAGUCGUCCCAGGAGGACGAUGCGGCCGCGGCGGCUGCUGCGGCGGCUGCCGCUGCCGCCGCCGCCAUGGCCCACCAUCACGAGGCGGGCCGCAUGAUCAAGCUCGAGCACGGCAGCCACCACGGGCUGCCGCCGACCAUCCCGCACCCGGCCGCCGCCCUGCUCGAUCCCUCCUUCCUGCAGCAGGCGCUGGAAGCACGCGGCGGCGACAUUGCCGGCCGCGAGGCACUGCACGCGAUGGCGUUCGCGGCGGCCGCUCACGCCGCCGUGAACGGCAUGAGCACGUCCCCGGGUACGCACGGGACGGCCCGCUCGCCGAGCCCGAGCGUGCUGAUGAAGUACAUGCGCUCCGUUUCGAUGAGCUCGCCGGAAGACGAUCGGCACCAUUCGGCGCAGCAACAGCGGGAAGCACACGAUCUUGCGGAACGCGAGCGCCGAGAGCAUCACAAUGGGUCGGAACCGGUCUACGCCAGGCGGGAGCACCAUCCGAUGGAGCAGGACGACGAACCGGGCAGCGACUGUGGCGAACGGCCACCGAGCGGCGGUCCGGCCGAGGGCCAGGACGAUCACGUCGAGGAUCUGUCCAUGGGCCCGAAGCGGGACUCGGAAGAGCGGGUACCAUCCGUCUCACCACCACCGGCAGCGGCGGUGUCCGUCGUACGGUCGGCGGUUGCACGGUCACGAUCACCCUCACCUGCACCCUCGCUACCGCAACAACCUCCCCAGCAGCAGCAGGGUGUCAUUGUGCCAGCGCCUGGUAAGUUAAAGAAAGACUACAACAUCACCAUCAAGCGGGAAAUCAUUGCGGACAGCAAUGCGCCCGCAGAAUCGUCGUAGAACGGCGGUAGUCCCAUUCGCCCGGAGCAGUCUCCUCCAUGUUCGUACUAAACUAAACGUUAAAACCUAAAAACCUUAUUCGCCGCUGUGAAGGACAAAACGGUAGAAAACUACUGGAAACGGGUAACUAAGUUCACUGAGUUUUUCCACGCCUUUUUUCCCUCCCCUCCAAGCCCAUGGGGAAGUACGUUAGAGUAGCGUUAGUUGGGCAUUUUGAGUUGGGUCCGUUGAUCCCACCAGGUUUUGCAUUAAACCGUCAAUCACAAGCGACGAACCCCCUCCCGGGGAGCCACGUGGCUACGAUUCCAAGCAGGAAGUUGCAAAUGUGUGUCUUGCGAGAGCACAAACGAAAGUUACCUUCUACGACGUCAUAUCGAAACCGAUCCCACCAAUUUCAUUUAGCCGCCUAGAGGACCUGUAGUUUUAGCUAUUUUGCUGCAUGUUUUUUUUUAAUCUAUUUUGUGUCGUACACUUAGCAAAGUUUAACAGUAAGCAGUAUCAGUAGUGCACAUUCUACAUCAUGAAAGCCUCACCAUCAAGAGGCAUCCAUUUACAAAUCAGAAUCUCUCUUACUAGCUACGCGCCCUCUCUUCGUACGCAUUCUCUUUGUCGGCUAAAGUUAAACCGAGAACCUUUAUAGACUGAAACGAGUACUCACCGCACAAACCAACAGACAACAAAGAUAACUCAACCCACCAACUCCAACAAAGUAAGAAAAGCUAACCCCUAUCAAUCUGGCAAUAGAUGAUACGUGUUUUGUAUGUAUGUCGUAAGUGUGCGAUUUUCCUUCAAAGGCCGCGUUGCCCUCACAACGGAAGUGCAAUAGAGAAAGAAAGAGAGAGAGAGAGAGAGAGAGAGAGAGAGAGAGAGAGAGA